UGCGAUAAGGUUUCUUAGAACAUGCUAAAGGUUGAGCUAUUUUCCAGUAAAUCAGGGGUGAUCUCCUCGCAUGCGCUGACUCGAUCGCUAGCUUGGGGAAGAAGAUGAUCAGUAUCAUGAAGACAGCAUUAAGGAUAGUUUUCCUUGCGGUGUUUCUUGGGGGGAUCAUAGUUUGGGUUCUUUUGCCAACCAAAACAUACAAGCAAGCAUGGACUCCCACCCUAAACAGCACGCUCAAUUCAACAUAUUUUGGAGAACCAGGGACAAAUCUUCUGCUUUUUACAUUUCCCAUGAUAUUUAUAGCAGUUUUGGGCUGCGUUUAUCUCCACGUUCAGAACAAAUCAAAGAAUAUGAACUCCAAAAGUGAUUGCAGAGUUAUUACAAGCAAUCGUUUGGCCUUUUGGAGACGUCCGGUGCUUGUGAUGGCUCCUCUUGGAAUUGUUACUGCAGUGGAGCUUGCUUUUGCCGCCAUGUUUGUUGUGCUCUUAAUCUGGUCUUUAUUCAAUUAUUUAUAUGUCAGCUUCGGUCACCUCCAUAUGCAUAAAGCAGGCGAGAAAGUGUGGCAAGCAAAGUUUCGAAGUAUAUCAUUGAGACUCGGGUAUGUUGGAAACAUAUGCUGGGCAUUUCUCUUCUUUCCCGUGACUCGAGGUUCUUCAAUAUUGCCUCUCGUUGGGCUGACAUCAGAGUCUAGCAUCAAGUAUCAUAUCUGGCUUGGUCAUGUUUCAACGAUUCUUUUUGCCGCACAUACCGUAGGUUACAUCAUUUAUUGGGCCAUGACUGAUCAAAUGGCUCAGUUGCUUCAGUGGAGCCGUGAUUGGGUGCCAAAUGUAGCUGGGGAGAUUGCAAUAGUAUUUGCAUUGGCUAUGUGGGUUACAAGCUUUCCUCGCAUUAGGCGAAAGAUGUUUGAGGUUUUCUUCUAUACCCACCAUCUUUACAUUCUCUAUAUCUUCUUCUACGUAUUGCAUGUUGGCGCUGCCUACUUCUUCAUGAUCCUUCCGGGGAUCUUCCUCUUCCUUGUCGAUCGAUUCUUGAGAUUCCUACAGUCGAGACAAAGUGCUAGGUUGGUCUCUGCACGCAUUCUACCUUGUGACACUGUUGAACUAAACUUCUCCAAGAGCGAAGGUUUGAAUUACAAUCCAACAAGCAUCAUGUUUUUAAAUGUGCCUAGUAUUUCCAAGUUUCAGUGGCAUCCUUUCACAGUAACUUCCUGCUGUAAUAUGGAGCCGGAUAAGCUCAGCGUUGUCAUCAAACGCGAGGGAAGCUGGUCUCUGAAGCUUUUCCAAGAACUUUCUUCUCCUGUGGAUCAUCUCAAAGUUUCUGUCGAAGGACCUUAUGGUCCUUCUUCAUCUCAUUUUCUGAGGCACGAGUCCCUGGUGAUGGUGAGUGGAGGUAGUGGGAUUUCUCCUUUCGUGUCUAUAAUUCGCGAGAUAAUUUUCCGAAGCCAAAAUGGAAGCUUAAACGUCCCGCGUGUUCUCCUCGUGUGUGCCUUCAAGAACUCGGCGGAUCUCGCCAUACUAGAUCUCUUAAUUCCUAUUUCUGGUGCACCCAUUCAAACUUCCAAAAUGCAGUUGCAAAUAGAAGCCUAUGUCACCAGAAACAAAGAGCAGCCAUCCAUAGAUUCCCAGAAGCUCAUCCAGACAGUAUGGUUUAAGGCAGACCAAUCAGACUCACUUAUUUCUCCCGCUCUAGGCCCAAACAAUUGGUUAUGGCUUGGUGCAAUAAUCUCGUCAUCAUUUGUCGUGUUCCUUCUCUUUUUAGGCAUUGUCACUCGUUACUACAUUUACCCUAUUGAACAAAACACCAAUGAGACUUAUAAUUUCUCAUUCUGCUCUCUUUGGGACAUGUUUUUGGUAUUUACCUGUAUUCUCUUAGUUUCUAGUGUAAUAUUUCUUCUGUGCAAGAAACAAAAUGCAAGGGAAGGGAAGCAAAUCCAAAAUUCUGAUGUGCCAACACCAACAAAUUCAUCAGGGUCUUGGUUCAAUGUUGCGGAUAUGGAGCUAGAAAGCCUUCCCCAUCAGUCUCUUGUUCGAGCCACCAACGUGCACUUUGGUGCUAGGCCUGAUCUUAAGAAAGUUCUUCUUGAGUGCACAGGAUCAGAUGUUGGAGUUUUAGUCUGUGGUCCGAGGAAGAUGCGACAUGAGGUUGCCAAGAUUUGUUCGUCUGGUUUGGCAGAAAAUCUGCACUUUGAGUCCAUCAGCUUCAACUGGUGAUGAAUUUGAAAGGUGAAUGUGUCUCAGUGUCUGUUAGCAUUACAGGAAUUCUUCUUUUGGGGCAAAAGAAUCCAAUCUUCGAGUCUUAAAGUUCGUGGCACAUGAAAAGUACUAAUCAGCUGGUGGCCAGGUUGCAAAUUAAUAUCUGUUCAUGAUCCGCUGCGAUCGGCAAAUGUAUAAUCUGCAGUACCUUUGUUUUAUUAUUGCCGGCCAGAGGUUGAACUAAAGAGUUAAAUUUGUAUGUAUUUUCAAUCAGUACAAAUAUAAUUAAUUAAAAUA